CAUAUAAAAUGAUGAAACCGAAGUUGAAAUGUUUGGCUCAUGGCGACUAGUUGUAGUAGUAAUGACAGUAGUUCUGCACCAAUAGAUUUUCGUCUUUCUUCGUCUUUAAGUUCAAACAACGGUAAAGGAAGUGUUUACGGGAGCGGGAAAUGCCCACUGUGCACUCAAAGCAAACGAAUCUUUUUUUGUCAAGAUUGUAUACGCAACGGGGAUUUUACGCAUUGCAAGCCUAACUCUAAGUCAAGGUACCCAGAAAGAUAUGCAGAAAAGAAACUGAAGUUAUUUAAGGCUUCUCAUGAAAAGUCUAUUCUAUUAGAGAGUUUCAAAGAAAAGUUCUCAACUCGUUCAAGGUUGAAACAUUUGGUAUUGAAAAAACAACAGCUACUACAAAGAAUUGAACUCCUGGAAUUAUCUCUGAAGGAGAGUAAGGAAACAGUAAAAGCAGCCAAGUCAAAAUUACACGUACUUGAAGAAGACAUCCAAAACUUGAAUAUUAAAUCUCCAAAGUAUAAAGAAAGGCUACAAAAAGGUCUUCAGUACAUUAGCAAGUGUCAGAACACUACAGAAGAGCAAAGGGAGCUCUUACAGUCAGUCAGUGUAAGCUUAAGGUCUGCCAUCAAAGAAAAUAUUUUCCAGCUGACCACAUGGAUUUUACCUGUGAAGAAAGUGGAAACUAUAGAAGUUAGCAAAGAGGUGUGUUACACUACAGGACCAUUAGCAGAUCUAGCAGAAGCUCAACAGACAACUUAUGUCAAGGGCAAGUGGGUUUACACUAACAGUAUUUAUGAUCUUCAGUACCAGAUAGUGGAGUCUUUUUUAAGUGGAAGUGGAAACUAUUCAGCUUACUCUAUUUGGGUUGCUAAACACACAGUAACUGUACCAAGUGGUUCAGGGGAAAGCUUUCUAAGGAAUCCGGGAUAUAACAUUGCAGCAGCCCUAACAUACCUUUCUCAGUUAGUGUCUGUGUUAGCUUUCUACCUUACUCAACAGCUGCCACACUACCAAUGUUACAGCGAGUUUUGCAGUCAUGAACUUACAGAGAAACAGUUUGCUCACAAGGUGGCGAAGCUGAAUGCCAAUGUACUCCAUUUAUGUUUGUCACAAAAUGUUGCUUCAAGUCUACUGAGUCCUCGACAGACAGUGCCCAAUCUACUUUUACUUUUAGACAGCAGCAUCAGUAGUCUAGGAAGGUGUGGUGCAUAUGAAAUCAGCCCUCAGCUGUUGGUUUUGAUGGAAGAGUCCCUUGAAAAGGACCUCCAGCUGAUUGAAGAAAAUCCUACAGAUACAGUGGAUGUAGAACUUGCAGGAGAUUGGGAAACUGUAUCAGAACUCCCUGGGUUUGAAGACAUGCCUAUUCCAUCAAAAGGGAGCCAUAGUGUCAUGACAGUAGUGUAUUCACAGAGUCACCCACUUCACCAUCCUGAUACAACAGCUAGUAUUGCAAGUGGACUUGUGUCCUCUGCUGCAGCAUCAGUUGCCUCUCUUUGGCGAGCUGCAACAGGACAAAAGUGAAUUGAAGAUGAGUUGUGACCAUGGUAACCAUCUUAUUGCAAAUUGGUAGUCAUUCAGUAAAUGCUGGCUCUUCUUAUUUUAUUGAGGUAAUUUACUAAGAGAGACAAUUGCAGAAAAUUGAAUGACAUAAGGCAGGUAAAAAAAAAAAAACUCUAUAUGCUUUGAACAUGUGAUAGAAAAAAUACUUACUAAUCAUAAAAUCAAAACUACUUUUAUUACAAAAAUGAAGUACAGUAUUUAUAAACCAUUUUUAUAGAAAUAAUUAAUUUUAGUGUGAUUACUCUCAGAAACUGGUAGAAGAUUAUAUUAUUUUGUUUCUUAUGCUACAAGGAGUAGAUUGGUCAGUUUUGGUCUGAGUGUGUUAUUAACAUGUGCUAUUCUGAAUUUAUGACAUUUGCUUUAAGCAUAUGUGUUAUUGCAUAGACAAGCUAGAAAUGUAAUUAAUUUCAAAAGUAGCAGUAGCUACUGGAGUGUAACUGUUUUUCAUGGUUCUUUCUGCCCAAUUAAUGGUAUUUGUUGUUGUUAAUAUGAAAAGAACUUUAGUUGAUCAUUGGUUCUCAGCCUAACUCAAUUUAAUAUGUAAAUAGUACAUAUUAGAUCAUAGUUAAUAAACUAUAUUAAAUGGUUUUGUUUCAAAUAUCAAAUAUAAUGCUUAGUUGUUAAAGAUAUACAUUUGACUUAAUAUGCCUUCUACGUCAAACAGUAAGUUAACUUUUUCUUAGUAUUACACCUAAGUGAAAUUCUAGUCCUUAUAAGGAUGUUUUAAAAGGUACUUGACAGGGUUAUUACUGAUAUUAAGUAGUCCUUUAAAAAUGGGUUUCAGAAUUUGAUAGUAUUUUUAUGAUAAUUGAAUUUUUUGUUAUUACUCUUUAAGCUUUCAUAUUGCUACUUUUAACAUAAAAACCAGAUGCUGUAUUAUAUAAUAACUUACAUGCCUCAACAUUCAUGGCAUAAUUAAAAAGUGUACAUAAUUUGAUAUGGUGUUUAACUCCUUUUAGAAAAAAAAUUCAGCCAUGUUAAAAACCUAUAGUCUGAAUUUUUUAUAGAUACUCCAUAUUUUGAAUUAUGUGAUUUUACUA